AAUGCCAAAACAGUGUAACUGACAGAUGCCAGAAUUUCAGAAAGCCAAAGGCAUAACCUCACCAGAGGAGUUUAUUUUUACAUCAAUAAAAUAACUACACUUUGCUUUUUAUUCAUUUAAAAGUGAUUUGAUUCCUUUUACAGCAAACUAUUAUCAGGAAAAAUGUCUGAACAAGUUGUUGGAUCAGCUCCGGCGUCCGCCGCGCCCUCGGCCACCAGUGUCGCUGAAGAACAGCGCUCUGUAAGCACUGCUGCUCCAUCAGUUGCUGGUACAGUUGCAUCAGAAGAGAAGGUGUAUGGAGGUUGUGAGGGUCCAGAUGCCAUGUAUGUGAAGCUGGUGUCAUCUGAUGGCCAUGAGUUCAUUGUGAAGAGAGAACAUGCCUUGACUUCAGGCACAAUCAAGGCUAUGCUGAGCGGGCCCGGCCAGUUUGCUGAGAAUGAGGCCAAUGAAGUCAACUUUAGAGAAAUUCCGUCGCAUGUCCUACAAAAGGUGUGUAUGUACUUCACAUACAAGGUGCGCUACACAAAUUCCUCGACCGAGAUCCCAGAGUUCCCGAUUGCUCCGGAAAUCGCUUUGGAAUUGCUCAUGGCCGCCAACUUCCUUGAUUGCUAAAUUGACUGGGACUUUAUUGGUGCAAUUUGGUGAUGUGUCCUAAAAUAUUAAGCAUCUGUGAAAUGCUUUAUUUAUAGACAAAAAGUGGAUCUUGUAUCCUUAAUUGUACAUUUCAAAUAUCUGGCACAUUACUAAUACAGAUUUUUUUGUGAACAAGUGAUUUGUACUCUUACAGUCUCUAUACAUUACUGUUCAGACAGACAAUGAAAAUUAUAAGCAUUGGCAUGUCUUUUGUUUUGCUCAUACAAGAAAUAGAAACGUGUAUUAGAAAUACAUUAACAGAAACAGGUUGGCUCUGACAUUUUGCCUGAUUUUAGAACAUUUAUCGUGCCGCUUUUUCUGAGAUAGGCCGGGAAGUAUUUAUGGAUAUAUGCUAUAUUGGCUUGUUUCCUUUGUCUUUGGGUUUCAUAAAUAUGAACAUCUAUUGUGUACCCAGGAAUCAUAGAGUAAUGUAAUUUUUUUCUUUACACAUAAAUUACAAGGUAUGUAUGUAUCUAACAUUUGUUAAUGUGGUGUUAUAGUCAUGUAGUGUUCUAACUUUAGUGAAAUUGGAUUUAAAAUAAAGUAAUAUUGUAAAAAGGGGAGGGAGGGAUGUGAAUAAAUUUGCCUGCAUGAAGAAAACACAUUAAGUAGACAAAUACUUGUCAAAGAUUUUGAUUUCAUAUUUACGAGUAGAGGUCCCUAAAAGUCUUCAAGUAUAAAAAGUAAUUGUAGUAAAGGUAGUUCACUAUCUUCAUAUUUUAUUGUUACUAAGUAAUUACAAGAAUGCUAUAGCAACUUUUGUAAAUUUAUUUUCCAGCCGUAUGUUGUAUUACCUAAAAAUUUAGAUGAUUCAGUUGAAACGUAACGAUUUUCGUGUUUUAAUUUUUUGUAAGUAAAUGUUAGCUUUAAUGUCAAAUGGUUUUACAGAAUCGCUUGCUUUCUAUUUUGUUAAUAAACCUUAAUUCCUAAA